GAUUAUAGGUUUUCCCUCCUGUUCGAUGUAUAAUAAAUUAAGCGUUUUACGAUGUUUUUCAAUGAAACGAUACACGAUACACGAUACAUAUUCAAACUAUUUUUAAAACAACGUAAACACAUUUGAUUUGUAAAAACAAAUGAAGUUGAACGCGUACACGAAUAACGAUGAAACGAUAUUUUCUCGUCAAAUUUCUCAAGAAUCGUUUUUGACCAAACGUUUCGCUUUCUGGCCAAUAAAAUGAUGUCAACGUGCGAUAAACAUACUACCGACAUAAUUAGUCUUAAAAGGCCCACGUGAGCAUUUAUUAGGUAAAAUCUACAAAUAUAUUUUCACAAUUAAUUCCAUUUCUUCUUUCUGUCCUAUUUAUUCGUAUCAGAGGUUUGGACAAGCUUAUCGAAUCGAUUCCUAAACCUAAAGGUGCUAUUCCAAAUUUUGGUCUACCAAAAUGGAAAGUAAUGCCAUUAGAGUCAAAGAUUCCAAUGGUACCUGGACCAGAAGGUGCUUAUAAUUUUACCAGACGUAAAAUUGGCAAAGAGUUAUGGAUUUCGGCACCGGAUGCAGAAUUUAACUUGAGCGAUCCUUACUGCUACGAAAUGGAAUUAACUUAUGACUCCCUGCACGAUAAGCAUUUAGUUCCUUACUUCUCCAGACCGAAUAAUAUUCAACAUUUAAUCAAAACUGGACUUGUUACAAAGAAUUUAGAUGCAAAGUGCUCGUUGCGCGAUUAUAAUAUGUACAGAAAGUAUUUACGAAAGUUACACUGCGACAGUAUAAGGAAGGAACUAAAUAAAAGAUCGAAAUGGUCCACCGAAGAAAGAGCUAUUCGGUAUGCGCAAGAACAAGCACAGAAGGAAGUGAGAAGAUUAAAAGAAAGAGACAAGUUAAUGAAAUUGAGGAGAACGAUUAUCAGAAAUCGUAAAAUUGCUGAAAAACUCAGACUUGAAAAACAAAAAGAGAAGCAACAAAAAGUCGAAGAAAGGUUACACAUGUUGUUAUUAAGGAGACAACAAGUUCAAAACUUGCAACGUAUUAAGAGUAAAACGCGAGCAGAACAUAUUCGACAGAAACAAAAAGCUGCAGCAGAUCGUGAACGACAUAAAAUAAUUCAAACUCUAUUAGAAUGGAGAAGAAAAGAACGCAUACGCAAAAAAACUAGGGAAAUGCGAGUAUCGCAUGAACAAGAAGAGAAACGAAAAUUGGUACAACAAAAAUGGGAAAAAAGACACGAAUUUCAGAAGAAACACAUUGAAAAAGAGCAAUUUCUGUUACAAUGUAUAGACGAUCGACGCAAAGACUUUAUACGAGCGUAUAAUGAUAAAAUAAACCGAGAAACAGAAAGAAUGAAAAGUACUUGUUACCGAGUACUUGAGAGUUUAACAUACGGACAUUGAUAAACGUGAUAAUUUAAUUUGUAGGACUCUUGAAGGAUGUGAAAAUGUUCGUAAGGUGUUACUUGGCUAGACGCUACGCAGGUGGGGAACGAAUUUGCUGCGAGAAAGGUUUUAACGACCAUGUUGACAAAGUAUUCCAUUUAAAUUUAUAAAUAUCAGAAACGUUCGAUACAUAAGUAUUUUUUUUAAUAAAAAUUCAACUAUUUAACUAAAAUUAACACCACAAAUCAUAUCGCAGAAUCCAGUAUCAUCUGUAAAAUCUGACGAAAGGGGACAUCGAUCCAAGCUUAUGCAUGCUUAUACCACUCCGAUGAAACGCGAUACAGAUAAGGUGAUAGAAUUUCUAAAUUGUUUUGGCAAUCUGAUAAAUCAUGUAACCAAACCUAGAUAACUCGAUAGAAACUAUAUCCUACAGCGUAUUAAGUAUCCCAAUCAAAAAGUAUCGCAAACAAAGAAAAAAACAAUGAAAGAAAAUAAGAAUACAAUGUCGAAAAAAAGAAAUGAGAGGAAGAUAGCAAAGGAUGGACACACCAAAACGAAAGAAAAAAAUUCAAAAGCAAGGAAAAAGAAAAAAUAUACUGUUCAUAAAAGUGGUAAAAGUGGUAAAAGUGGUAAAAGUGGUAAAAGUGGUAAAAGAAGAACAGGUAAGAGAAGACGAUUAAAGACAAAAAUAGACGAAGAAGAAAAACCUGAAUUGGAAACAAUAGGAGAAUCUGUGUCUACGAUAAAAACUAUAGAAACUUCUGAAACAGCUUCUACACCUACAGAAAAGUGCAGAUGUCAAAUAAUUAAAGAUUCCAUUAAGGCUGUUGCAACAUAGCAUCAUUAUUCAUAUAUUUAUCAAAACCAGCUUAACUUUAGAUAAAAUUAGUUCUAUGGUCGAGUGCUUUUGUUAAGAUUAUAAAAGAAUAUGACUCACAUCCAUCGCCCUCUUAAUAGAAGCACACAAUGCAAAAUAUCCUGUCUGGCCAUUGACGGUCCACUUUGGAGAAUCCGAUUUGCUCCAAAACGAAUAAUUCAAUGUAUCUAAGACGAAUAUCCAAUCGACAGCCCCGUGAU